UCCAGUCCAAUCACUAUUCUCCAUUUCUCCCUCCUCUGUCUCGCACAUCGUGCCCUCCAGUCUUGGACAAUUACAAUUUACCCAAUAAGCUUCAGAAUUUGCCCUCACCCGCUCCUCACUCUCACACACCGCCUCUUUUUUUCACAUCACUGGUUCCAGAGCCACGACUGAAAACGCGUUACCAUAUGUCAUCUUUUUCUUCGAUGCCACUCCUGACACCUUCAGAAUUUUCAAGAUCAUGAUUCAUGAGGUUGUUACAGAGUUUGUCCAAGGGGGCUACCUAUACCAAAACUCCACAUUUUUUCUAGCUCUAUGCGAAUCAUAGCUGAUUACUGGUCCUUCCCCUUCUGUUUCACGGGAUUUUUCUCGUGCUGGGCUCGCCACAAGUUUCUGUUCUUGCGGCUUUUUGAUCCGAUUGAUAUCACAAUCUAAGGCACCGUGCCUGAAAUAAAUCAUUAAUUCUAGAGUGACAGUGAUCAAGAGUUGGAGCUUGACUCGCCUGAGAAAUUCCGAACAAUGGGCAAAUCAACGAGCAGGGACUGGACGCAGAUCUACGUGAUCUACGGGAUUGAUCAAUGGCAAACACUAAUUUUUCUUUUGUGUCAGGCCAUCCUCUUCGCUGUCUUGUCUGUUUUCUACCUUCUCUACUUCGACCCCAUUUGCGUCUUCUUCGAGCGAUUACUCUCAAUCGCCGCCGUACCAGCCGUAUCCGCCCGAUUUGCCGCCGGAUUCACCGGCUCCGUCACCGCGCUCUCCGCGCUCUGCCUGUUUUUCGCCGCCGCCAACUUCUUUUACUCCUCUGUCCCACUCCACUACGACAUGGCUCAGCGCAUCGUCUCUGCCGUAACUGACUGGUCGUCGGUGAAGCUCGCCCUCGACCUCGGCUGCUGCGGCCGUGGCAUCCUUCUCAACGCCGUCGCCACUCAGCUUAAAAAGGAAGGCAGUUCGGGUCGGGUAGUGGGGUUGGACGGAUCAAAGCGGGAGACCCUGUCCACGCUGAGGAACGCGAAGAUGGAAGGAGUGGGAGAGUACGUCACGUGCAGGGAGGGUGACGCGAGGAGGCUACCGUUCCCGGAUGAUUACUUCGACGUAGUGGUGUCAGGGGUCUUCGUGCACACGGUGGGGAGGGAGUACAGGCCGCACACGGCCGAGGCUGCGGCGGAGAGGAUGAGGGCGAUGGGGGAGGUGGUGAGGGUGCUGAAGCCCGGCGGCGUUGGGGUGGUGUGGGACCUGGUGCACGUGCCGGAGUAUGUGCGGAGGCUUCAAGAGAUUCAGAUGGAGGACAUCCGAGUGUCGGAGCGCGUGACCGCCUUCAUGGUCAGCAGCCACAUCGUUUCCUUCCGGAAGCCUAGUCAGCAUGUGAUGGGGCCUGCAGAGGUCCGACUCGACUGGAGAUCAUGCUGACGCGUCACCAUCGAUCCUCUUAGACUGAAAGCGUCAAGACUUGUACAAGUUAUCAAAGUGACUGGGGAGGCGAAGUCGAACCAGACACAUAUAUAUAUGUGCUUGAGAAGAAAACUUGCUGUAAUAUUUAUGGUUAUGAGCUUAUUAACCUGAGAAUGGAAGAUGCCAAGUAUUUGUGUAGAACCGAAAUAUCUGUAAUACCCAUAUUGAAUUUUUAAAGAUCGAAGUCGAUAUUGUGUGAAUA